AUGGCUUGUUCAGAAAAUGUGAAACAAUGGCUUAUGAAUUAUAUUAAGAGACAUGGUGGUCCUUAUGAAAUCUCUCAGGACGGUAAACAGUCAUGGGAAAAGAUGCAGGAGUUUUUAGGAGAAGUGUUAUUUGAGAAAAACGUGUCUGAUAAAAAAAGAAAAGGGUGUAUUAUGCAAGCGUUACUAUCAUGUUGUUUAAAAUUAGAGGGAAUUUUAAAAAUAAAGGAGGAUGAAAUGGCAGAGCUUAACUCAGUAAUUAACAUGAAAUCUGAGAAAUUGAAUAAUAAGAUUGUAGAUCUAAGAGUGCAUGCAGUUACAACUGGUGAAGCUUUGAUUGAAAAGGCCAAAAUGUGCGACGAACUUACAGUGGAGAAUGAGAGGCUGAAUGAGAAAAUUUUGAAGAUGCAAAAAGAAUUGGAUGAAUGCAGACAUGCUACUAAUAUGGCUUUUAAUAAAAUGGCAGAAAGUAUGGCACCUUCGAGUAGGUCUCCUGUAUCUGAAAUUCCAGGGUCUAUUGCUAACCCAGGGAUUGGAGAUACAGGAUACAAACCUCUUUUUCCAUGGGAGGAUUUGAAAGAAAAGUCAGUGACAAAUCUCCCUGCGGCUCCAACUACAACAACCACAGUGUUGAAUCCUGAUAAUUCUGGAGAGAUUCAGCUGGUUAAUAAGCAGUUAAAGCCACAAGAAAUGGAUGCCAUAGUUAGAGAAAUAGGGCAGGUCCCUCAGCAGGAUAUCAAUCGCUUUUUGCAAUGGUUUUGUGGAAUUCAAAGAGUGAAAGAGAUGUAUAGUUUGACAACUAGUGAUAUGGAGAGAGUGCUGCAGAGAGUUGUUGGAAAUGGAUUGUGGGUCAGGAUUGUACAGACAUGUGGUCAGCAGCGUAGAACUAGGGAUAUGUUGAAAGAGAUCUUGAGAGCACUUUAUGGAAUUACAUCAAAUGUGUCAUUGUCUGGAAAAAUUAAACAGCUGAAACAAGAGUCUCCGUAUGAAUUGUCAGCUAGAAUCUCCACAGUGAUGGAACAGUUUGGUGUCAGUAAUCCUGGUUUUGAACAGGGAGGGAUGGUGCAUAGAUCAAUGUUUUUGGAUGCAUUAGAGGAAGAUAUUAAGGAUGAGAUAUCUGUAACCCCAAACCCAUCAGAAAUGUGUGAUUUACUGUUAAGAGCUGAUAAUUUGUGGCGAAGAAAGGUUAAAAAUGAGAGUUUUGCUGUAGAUGCUGCCAGGAUUUUCAGAGUAGAGAGGAGAGACAGGUCUACCAUGUAUCCUCAGAAACCAAUCAGGGGAAAUAGAUUUCAGCAUAUGGGAAAUUUUAGAGGUGAGAAUGAAUCUGGUAGUGACAAAAGACGGAGAGAUCCACAGAGGGACCAUAGGAAUAGGGAUAGUGCUAAAGGGAGCAAUGUAAUGGGAGACAAUUGGAGAAAUAGAUGGGAGGAGCCUCAGGUAAUCAACAAUAAUUGGAAUAAUAAUAAUAACUGGGAGAGGCUAAAAUGGAGAGAUAAUAACUGGGAAAAUCCCAGUUGGAGAGAAAAACGAAGAAACAACAGAGAGAAUACUUGGAGAAGGAACCAUAGAUGGGAUGAGCAGCCCAAUAGACGAAAUUGGGAUAAUUGGAGGAAUAAAGAAGGGAAUAGCGAAUUCUGGGACCUGAAGAGACAGACCGAGAGAUUGGAGGCAGAAGUAAAAGCACUUAGGGAACAGAUCAGAGAGGAGGGAAAGACUGAUCAAUUGAGGGUCCCCAGCAAUUAA